CAUUUCCCAUCCCCUCACUCUUGCUUCGCCAUUUCCUCUCUCUUCUCUUCUCCUCCAUAUUAUCUGUAACUUUUCCUCUUAAUCACUGCAAAAAGCACACACGGUUUUGCCUCGCAUUUAGUGGACAAAACCUGUGCUAAAUUAGGCUAAACUAAUCCUUUCAUGGGCAACGCUGACUACGUUUACCCUGCCGCGAAUGAUCAAUGUGCUCAUCGCGUGGCGAUUCCUCCGCCGCAACCAUUUUUCAAGUCAUUCAAGAACUCGCUUAAGGAGACGUUUUUCCCGGACGAUCCACUUAGGCAAUUCAAGAACAAAACGCCCUCUCGGAAAUUCGUACUAGGCCUGCAAUACUUCUUGCCGAUUCUUGAAUGGGGUCCUCGUUACAGUUUACUGUUCUUGAAAGCUGACCUAAUUGCUGGGAUCACCAUCGCCAGUCUUGCAAUCCCUCAGGGUAUUAGCUAUGCCAAGCUUGCUAACUUGCCUCCCAUUCUCGGCCUAUAUUCAAGCUUUAUUCCACCACUGGUUUAUGCAAUGAUGGGGAGCUCAAGAGAUUUGGCAGUAGGGACUGUUGCUGUUGCUUCACUUCUCACAGCUUCUAUGUUGGGGCAGGAAGUGAAUGCCGCCGAGAAUCCCAAGCUUUACCUUCACCUUGCUUUCACAGCAACUUUUUUCGCCGGGCUUCUCCAAGCUUCGUUAGGCCUAUUAAGGCUAGGGUUUAUUGUGGAUUUUCUUUCACAUGCGACGAUAGUAGGCUUCAUGGCAGGGGCAGCCACUGUAGUGUGCUUGCAACAGCUAAAGGGGAUUCUAGGCCUUGAGCACUUUACUCAUUCUACCGAUAUUAUCUCGGUCAUGCGCUCUGUCUUCUCCCAAACUCAUGAGUGGAGAUGGGAGAGUGGAGUCUUGGGCGUUGGUUUCCUAUUCUUCCUCCUCGUCACCAGAUACUUCAGCAAGAGACGACCCAAAUUCUUUUGGAUAUCAGCAAUGGCACCUUUGACAUCAGUCAUUCUUGGAAGCCUCCUAGUUUAUCUUACCCAUGCCGAAAAACACGGUGUUCAAGUGAUAGGAAACCUGAAAAAGGGGCUGAAUCCACCGUCUUUUGGGGAUUUUGUGUUUACCUCGCCGUAUAUGACAACAGCUGUGAAAACUGGAUUGAUCACGGGCAUCGUAGCCCUUGCUGAAGGAAUAGCAGUGGGAAGAAGUUUUGCAAUGUUCAAGCACUACCAUAUUGAUGGGAACAAAGAGAUGGUAGCUCUUGGGACCAUGAACAUUGUUGGUUCUUGCUUUUCUUGCUAUCUCACGACAGGGCCAUUUUCGCGAUCAGCUGUUAACUUCAACGCAGGAUGCAAAACAGCAAUGUCAAACGUUAUCAUGGCCAUUGCAGUUAUGCUCACAUUGCUGUUCCUAACACCAUUGUUCCAUUACACGCCCCUCGUAGUGUUGUCUGCAAUUAUAAUUUCUGCAAUGCUUGGCCUCAUUGAUUAUGAAGCUGCAAUUCAUCUGUGGAAGGUCGACAAAUUUGAUUUUGUUGUGUGCAUGGGUGCAUAUAUUGGCGUCAUUUUUGCAAACGUGGAGGCUGGCUUAGUCAUAGCGGUUGCAAUUUCUUUGCUCAGAUUGUUGCUGUUCGUUGCGAGACCAAAGACCCUUGUUCUCGGAAACAUUCCAAAUUCCACCAUUUAUAGAAACGUUGAGCAAUACCCAAAUACAAACAAUGUUGCUGGGGUUCUUCUACUUCAGAUAGACGCUCCAAUCUACUUCGCCAACUCAAGUUACUUGAGAGAAAGAAUCUCAAGGUGGAUUGAUGAAGAGGAAAACAAGCUGAAAUCUACGGGGGAAACCAGCUUACAGUAUAUUAUACUUGAUAUGAGUGCUGUUGGUAACAUUGACACCAGUGGAAUCAGCAUGCUUGAGGAGGUCAAGAAAACUACUGACAGAAGGGGGCUGAAGCUUGUACUGGCCAACCCUGGAGCUGAAGUGAUGAAGAAACUCAACAAAUCCAAGUUCCUAGAAACCAUAGGUCAAGAAUGGAUAUACUUGACAGUAGGAGAAGCUGUUGAAGCCUGUAAUUACAACCUCCAUACAUGCAAACCGGACUCCACCAAAGAGGAAUCACAGCCAUGGAACAAUGUCUAAGCUACUAGAUUCUGGUGGAGCAGAGCUUUUCUUCAACAACAACAUAUAUAUUUUUUUAAUUUUUAAUUAAAGGGGCAACCAUGUAUUUCUCACUCAUGCAUCUGAGAGUCAUGAUGCAUGGCCUAUUAGCUAGACAUCGCUGAAUUAACAAGAAAUGAUCAAAUAGCCAAAUUAAGCUCAGACGCUUCAAUUUAAAGUUGGAGGGCAUUUUUCCUCUUCCAGCAAACAUGCAAGCUGUACGAUAGAUAUCCUGGCAAUGAAAUUAUUAAUAAAGAAGCAUCUUGAGUGUUGACAAUGCUAA